CUUCUCUCAAACGCAACACGACUAAGAAAAGCCCCAAAAUCAAAAUUAAACCCAAAAAGACCGAUCAAAAGCCCAAUCGCUCUCUUCUCUUUUUUACUCCUUUUCUCACCAUAAUCCAUAGAUCUAUUUCCUUUUUCUCCUCCGAACCCUAAUUUUUCUUCUCUGUCCGAUCCAUCUGUUCAAAUUGGGGGUUCAAUUCGAGGAGAGCGAAAAGGUUUAGCAAUCGCAAAGGAUCAACCAUGUUUACUCGGAUUUUUGGAAAGCCUAAACAGGAAACCAAUGCCCUAGCCACGUUAGACAAAUUAAAUGAGACACUUGAAAUGCUGGAAAAAAAGGAGAAAGUACUACAAAAAAAGGCUUCCGCAGAAGUUGAAAGGGCCAAGGAAUUCACCAGAGCUAAGAACAAAAAGGCGGCUAUACAGUGUUUAAAGAGAAAGAGGCUAUACGAACAGCAAAUAGAGCAGCUUGGGAAUUUCCAGUUGCGCAUUCAUGACCAGAUGAUAAUGCUGGAAGGUGCAAAGGCAACAACUGAAACAGUAGAUGCUUUGAGAACUGGCGCAUCUGCAAUGAAGGCAAUGCAGAAAGCAACGAAUAUAGAUGAUGUGGAUAAGACUAUGGAUGAGAUUAAUGAGCAGACAGAGAACAUGAAACAGAUCCAGGAAGCUUUGUCAGCUCCAAUUGGUGCAGCAGCUGAUUUCGAUGAGGAUGAACUGGAAGCUGAACUUGAAGAACUGGAAGGUGCUGAGUUGGAAGAACAGCUUCUCCAGCCUGCAACAACAGCUCCUGCUGCUCCUGUGCAGGUCCCAGCUGGCCGCCAACCUGCUCGUCCUGUUCCUCAGAGACGCACUGCUGAAGAAGAUGAACUGGCUGCUUUGCAGGCUGAGAUGGCCCUUUAAGAAGAUAUUUCUGGGCACCAUAAGAAAAGGUCAUGUAAAGAAGUGGCCUGAUUGCACAGGGGAGAUUUCUGCGCGUUUGAUGCACAUCCAGAUUUCUGCGUGGUUUUAAUCUUGAACGAACGUAAUGUAUAUAAAGGUGGCAUAAUUGAACAUUAUCAUAAUCCCCCUUUGGACCUUUGUUAUUUUGAUUUCUGGAGCAUUUGCAUGAGUUUGCUUCUCCGCCAUUGGUUUUCUCAGACAACUCUUUUGGAACAUUUUUUCAAUGUUUCAAGGCCUCCAUCAAUAUAUUGGUAUCAUGUAGUGUUACUAUUACCAA